GAAGGAAAAUAAAAAUAAAAAGAAACGAAAAAUGUAACACACGUGCGGGGAUAUGGUAGUACGCAAUAUGACCCUCAGACUUGAAAGGCUCCAUCCACGUGUUAUUACAGUAUCCUCAUUAUUAUUACCGUUGUAUAUAUAAUAUGUGUGUAUGUGUGCUGUCCGUAAAAAUAUAUUUUUCUCUUGACACACAUAAUUUCAGUAUUUUUAUUUUUCUAUUUUUGGGGCGGAGAUACAAUUCUGGGGUUCAGAAUUAUUACAAGGCUAACAGGAAAAAAUAAAUUAAAAAUUAAAAAAAAAAAGAAGUAGUUUAUCAAUAUUAUUAUGUUAUUCAGAAUAAUUGUGGGAGGUCAUUCGCAGCUUCUCAUUUGACUUUUUGUGGGUGAUUCCUGAAUGGAGGGCGAUAAUUUAUUCAAAGAAAUCGAUCCUUUUGGAUCAUCUCCCACACCGAUACUUCCACUUCCACACAUAGAUGCUUCGAAAAAUCCCGACGGAGAAUUAUCCGUCGCUAAAUUACCAACAAACGGAGAUCUGCUUUCAUCUUCUCCACAUGCAUAUGGUGAGAUCGAAAACAAAGAUCCUCCUAUCGAAAAUCACAAAGAUUUUACUGCAAUAACAUCCUUGUCUGAAUCCAACAUAUCGACAAGUGCGUUGCCACAAGGAAAAGUCGAGUCAGCCCAAUAUAUACACGAUGAUGAUGUACAUGAGUUUCUACACGAUAAUAAUAAUAUUAUUAAUAAUAAUAAUAAUAUGGAAGCUAAAAUAGUUGCAAGGCCAUCGCCAGACGACGAUUAUGCGGCUUCUUCUGCCAUGUCGUUUCGUCACAGAAGACACGUCAGCGUUGAUCUCAUUGCCAAAAUCCCCCCUAAUUAUAAUAAUAAUAAUAGCAGCAGCCCAAAAUCCACGGAGUACUAUAAAGUUCCGGGAAAUGUACAAAUCGACACUGCUGCGCCGAUCGAAUCUGUGAAAGCUGCCGUUUCAAAGUUUGGUGGAAUUGUUGACUGGAAAGCCCACCGUGUGCAGACUGUCGAGAGACGGAAGUUCAUAGAACAAGAACUCGAGAAAGCACAGGAGGAAAUGCCGUCGUACAAGCAGCAAUGCGAGGCGGCUGAAGAGGCGAAAACACAAGUUCUGAAAGAGCUAGACAGCACCAAACGUCUCAUAGAAGAACUAAAACUCAACCUCGAACGAGCACAAACAGAGGAGCAGCAAGCAAAACAGGAUUCCGAGCUGGCAAAGCUGAGGGUGGAAGAAAUGGAGCAAGGAAUCGCCGACGAAGCCAGCUUUGCCGCCAAGGCCCAGCUGGAGGUGGCCAAGGCUAGGCACACAGCAGCAGUUUCCGAGCUCAAAACCGUUAAAGAAGAAUUGGAGCAGCUGAAAAGGGACUUCUCUUUAUUAAUAGCCGAGAAAGACGCUGCUGUAAGAAAGGCUGAAGAAGCUGUCUCCACUUCCAAGGAAGUUGAAAAGUCUGUAGAGGAUCUGACAAUCGAACUUAUUACAGUCAAACAGUCGUUGGAAUCCGCACAUUCUGCACAUUUGGAGGCGGAGGAGCAUCGAAUCGGAGCAGUUAUGGCUAAAGAACAGGACAGUGUGAACUGGGAUGAAGAACUAAAGCAUGCGGAGGAAGAGCUCGAUAAACUAAACCAGCAAAUGCUUUCGACAAAGGAUCUCAAAGCAAAACUGACUAAGGCAACCGCUUUGCUGCAUGACUUGAAAGCAGAAUUGGCAUCCUAUAUGGAAUCUAAAUCGGACGAAACCGUAAAUUUAGAAGAUGCCCUCGACGAACCGGAGAAAAAAACCCGUUCGGAUAUCGAGGCAGCCAUUAGUGCAGCGAAUGAGGAACUCACGCAAUUGAAGCUAAAAAUAGAGAAAGCAAACGACGAAGUCAACUUCUUGAAAGUGGCGGCCUCCUCGUUGCAAACGGAGCUCGAAAAGGAAAACAAGGAAUUCUCGGCGAUUCAACGGAGAGAAGAAAUGGCUAUUAUCGCAAUUUCGUCUCUCGAAUCGGAGAUGAGUAAAACGAUGUCCGAAAUCGCCCUCGUCGAGAUGAGAGAGAAAGAGGAGAGAGAAAGAAUGGGGGAGCUUCCGAAGAAACUACAAGAGGCGGCUCGAGAAGCCGAAGAGGCGAAAGCAACAGCUCAAACAGCUCGAGAGGAGCUCGAUAAGGCUAGGGAGGAAGCUGAGCUGGCAAAGGCCGGGGCCGCCACCAGGGAGAGCAGAUUACGAGCGGUCCGAAAGGAAAUUGAAGCUGCGAAAGCCUCCGAGAAGCUUGCGCUGGCGGCAAUAAACGCGCUGGCGGAAAGCGAGUCCGUUCAAAACGAAGAUGAUGAUUCUUCUUCACCAGCUGGCAUUACACUGUCUCUGGAAGAGUACUACGAGCUCAGCAAGCGGGCCCAUGAGGCGGAAGAGCAGGCGAACGCUAGGGUUUCGAGCGCUCUGUCCAAAAUCGAGGUUGCUAAAGAAUCCGAACUGAGGAGCUUGAACAAGCUUGAGCAAGUCAGUCACGAGAUGUCCGAACGAAAAGAUGCACUGGAAAUCGCUGUGCAUAAAGCAGAGCAAGCCCAGGAAGGGAAGCUGGCGGUUGAGCAGGAGCUGAGAAUGUGGAGAUCCGAGCACGAGCAGAAACGGAAGGCGGUUGAAACGGGGCCCGCACCGAUUAGCACGGGCAAGAGCCCACGAGCGAGUGUUGAGGAGGGUAAGGGAUAUGUGGUGGUUUCUGAUACAUCCACGCUUCAUCAGAGGUCACCGAGAUCUAUUCCGAGCAAUACGAGCAAUAAUACGGAAACGGAGUCUUCUCCGGAGCCGAAAGCUGUGAAGAAGAAGAAGAAAUCCUUCUUUCCGAGGAUUUUCAUGUUUCUUGGUAGAAGGAAAGCGAAUGCAUCCAAGUCAAAUUAACUAUAUCUCUACUAUACAUUUGUUUUUUACUUUUUAAUAUACUUUUUUUUCUACUUCUCAUUCAAUUUCCAGUGUUGUAACUUGUCAUAAAAGCUCUUGUAUUUUUUAUUU